GCAUCGUUGACGGCUUGACGCCCAAACGGGGGAAACGAAAGUUUAGAAGGGAAAAAAAAAGAAAAAAAUUGUGGAGAAAAGAAUUGGGGUUUUCCGUUGAAGAAGCGUGAAUGGCGAUGGAGCAAGAAAGAAGGUCCUAGAUUUUUAUCUGAUCCAUAUUCAAUACAAUUCUUUUUCCUGCAAGGUACCUACUCUCAGAUCGAAGGGAAAAAGAGGGUUCUUUCUUCUGAGUUGUUGUUUCUGCCAUGGCGGAGAGCUCGAAGGAGGAGUUAUUGGAGCUCAUCAAGCGCCUCACUCUCAAGAUUUCCGACCUCUUCUCCUCUUCCCUCAACAACCUUGAUACACACUCUAUUGGUGCUGUUGCGGGCCUUGCUGUUGCAAUUUUUUUCACCUGGAGGCUGUUGAGAUCACCUUCUGUGUCUCAACGCAGGCAACAAAAACGACAAGUUGCUUCUUCCAGCACACCUGGAGUCAGUGCACAUUCAAAUGCUGUGGUGGUUCCUUCUGGGGUUUGUUCAACAUCAGAGGAUUCAAGGGCACAAAAUGUUGUUGAUGAGUUCUUUCAGCCAGUCAAACCAUCGUUGGGCCAGAUUGUGAGGCAGAGGUUGAGUGAAGGAAGAAAGGUUACUUGUCGUCUUCUUGAAGUGAUCCUAGAGGAAACUAGUCCAGAGGAGCUUCAGAAACAAGCAACUGUGAAGUCCUCUGUGCUGGAAGUAUUGUUGGAAAUAACAAAAUUUUGUGAUUUAUAUCUCAUGGAAAGAGUCUUGGACGAUGAAAGUGAGAAGAGAGUUCUUGCUGCAUUAGAAGAUGCUGGGAUAUUUACUUCAGGUGGUUUAGUCAAAGACAAGGUCCUCUUCUGUAGCACAGAGAAUGGACGGUCAUCGUUUGUUCGACAAUUGGAACCAGAUUGGCAUGUUGACUCAAAUCCCGAAAUCAUUUCUCAGCUAGCAAGAUUCAUCAAGUAUCAACUUCAUGUCGCUCCCUUUAGACCAGAACGAGCUGCUGCUAAUGUGUUCUGUGCUCCGUCCUUGGAACAUUUCUUUGGAUCCAUAUGAAAUUCAAACAACUAAAAAUGAGAUAUAAUUCAUUAAAAAAAAACAGAUUAGUUUGUUUGUGUUUGCAUCUCCGUUGCCAUACAUUUUUCCUGUUUGUUAGAUAUUUGAGAACUAGGUUAGAUUUUCAAGAUUAGUUUGUUUGUGUAUCCCUGUAUAAUGAUAUAAGGAAGAAAUUUCUUUCUUUAUACUUUUUUCUUUUUUGCAAAUUUGGUUUGAAAUUGUGCAUUGAAAUGGAUCACAGCCCAUGCUCUUAGGUCUUUUAACUGUCAAGGGGCAAGUUUUCUUAAAGAUUUUUGUAUCUGAUCAUAGUUAAAUGAUAUGCCACCAGGGACAAUUGUUAA